AUGGCGAGACACCUCUCCAUCUUUGCGCUGCUGACGACGGCAGUCUCAGCGGCUGUGAUCCGACGAGACUACCCGAGCGACGAUGCACUUACGAAAUGUCCCGGCUACCAGGCUUCGAAUGUCCAGACAUCUUCCAACGGCCUGACCGCCCAGCUUUCCCUCGCUGGAGAGCCGUGCGACGCCUACGGAACCGACCUGAAGGAUCUGACACUGACUGUCGAAUACCAGACUAAUACCCGCCUGCACGUCAAGAUUCAGGAUGCCAACAACACGGUGUAUCAGGUGCCCGAGUCGGUGUUUCCCCGUCCCAGUGGCCCUGGGGUUGAUGCGGCGCAGUCCCAGCUGCACUUCAACUACACGGAGAACCCCUUCGCCUUUUCGGUCAGCAGAACCGACACUGGCGAGGUCCUGUUCGACACUUCUGGCGCCAACAUCGUUUUCGAGAGUCAAUACCUUCGUCUGAGAACAAAGCUGCCCGACAAUCCCAACCUAUAUGGCCUGGGCGAGCACUCAGACCCUUUCCGGUUGAACACGACAGAUUAUAUCCGCACUCUCUGGUCUCAAGACUCCUACGGCAUUCCAUCAGGCGCAAACCUGUACGGAAACCAUCCCGUCUACUAUGAGCAUCGCAAGACUGGCACACACGGAGUCUUCUUCCUCAACUCCGAUGGCAUGGAUGUCUUCAUCAACAAGACGGAAGAGUCCGGACAAUACCUUCAGUACAACACUCUCGGUGGAGUCCUCGACUUCUACUUCGUUGCCGGACCCUCUCCUGUCGAAGUGACACAGCAAUACGCCCAAGUUGCUGGGCUCCCUGCUAUGAUGCCAUACUGGGGUUUCGGAUUCCACCAAUGUCGUUAUGGCUACCGGGAUGUUUUUGAUGUCGCCGAGGUUGUUCACAACUACAGUGUCGCCGAGAUCCCCUUGGAGACAAUGUGGACUGACAUUGAUUACAUGGAUCGACGCAGGGUCUUCUCUCUGGACCCCGACCGUUACCCUCUCGAAAAGAUGCGACAGCUUGUCGACAAGCUGCACGAGAAUGAUCAACACUAUAUUGUUAUGGUAGAUCCUGCCGUGGCCUACCAACAAUAUGAGCCGAUGCUCCGAGGUAUCGAGGACAACAUCUGGCUGUUGCGCAGCAAUGGUUCAGUCUGGAUCGGCGUCGUCUGGCCCGGUGUAUCUGUUUUCCCCGAUUGGUUCUCCGAGAACAUUACCAAGUACUGGAACAACGAGUUCGCCACAUUCUUCUCAGUCGAGAGCGGCGUCGAUAUCGAUGCUCUCUGGAUCGACAUGAAUGAGCCGUCCAACUUCCCAUGCUACUUCCCCUGCGACGACCCGUACGCAUCUGCCGUUGGCUUCCCACCAGACCCGCCACCCGUCAGAGAAAACCCCCGUCCCUUGCCUGGCUGGCCGUGCGACUUCCAGCCCCCGGGAACCACCAACUGCUCGAGUCAAUCCAAGCGCUCAGAUUUGGCCCAGAAUGUAUCACCAAGAACCUCGCCCUUCAGCGAGAAGUUCGAAAACCUCAUUCUUGCCGAGCGACAAGAAUCAGGUGACCAGAAAGGUCUGCCAGGAAGAAAUCUCUUGUUCCCCAAGUAUGCCAUUCACAACAAGGCGGCAUGGGAUACAGAGUCAAACGCGGCUGCCGGCGGCAUUUCGAACAAGACGGUCAAUACAGACGUGAUUCACCAGAACGGUCUGACAAUGUAUGACACUCACAACCUUUAUGGGUCUAUGAUGUCGUCAGCCUCUCGCGUCGCCAUGGAGGCUCGUCGCCCCGGCCUCCGUCCCCUCAUUAUCACUCGUUCUACCUUUGCCGGUGCCGGUGCUCAUGUUGGGCAUUGGCUAGGCGACAACCUGUCCAAUUGGUCUCUUUACCGCAUCUCCAUCUCCCAGCUCCUUCAGUUCGCCUCUGUUUACCAGGUACCCAUGGUAGGCUCCGAUGCUUGCGGAUUCGGUGACAACACCAACGAGCAGCUAUGCGCUCGUUGGGCUGCUCUGGCCGCUUUCUCAACCUUCUACCGCAACCACAAUUCUCUUGACAGCAUCUCUCAAGAAUUCUACCUCUGGGACAGUGUCGCUGAGAGCGCCAGGAGAGCAAUCUCUAUCCGUUACCGCCUGCUCGACUACAUCUACACGGCCGUUUACCAGCAGACAAUCGAUGGCACCCCGGUCAUCAAUCCUGUCUUUUAUCUGUACCCUCAGGAUGAGAAGUCGUUUGGACUGGAUCUUCAGUACUUCUACGGCGAUUCGAUCCUGGUAGCACCCGUCACGGAGGAAAAUUCCACGUCUGUUGAUGUCUACUUCCCCGACGACGCAUUCUACGACUGGUACACUCAUGAGACCAUCCAGGGCAAGGGCGAAGUCGUCUCUUUGACUGAGCAGAACUACACCACAAUCCCGCUCUUCAUCCGCGGCGGCUCCGUGCUGCCCCUGCGCGCCAAUAGUGCCAUGACGACCACUAAGCUCAGGGAAGAGAAUUUCGAGCUUCUCAUUGCCGUAAACAGGAAUGGAACUGCCAAGGGCCAGCUGUAUCUCGACGAUGGCGUCAGCUUGGAGCAGUCUGGUAUCACCCACGUCACAUUCGAUUACAAGGACGGCAAAGUUGCGGUUGAUGGCGAGUUCGGCUACAGCACGCCGCUCAAGGUUUCCAAGAUCACCUUCUUGGGUGGCGGACAGCAGAAUGGAAAGAGGCGGGAGUCCAUCAUGACAAUCGCAGUUGAUAAGCCCUUGACCGGGCCGUUCGUGAUUGAGAUCAACUAG